AUGGCGCUCGCCUUCGACGAGUACGGGCGGCCCUUCAUCAUCCUCCGGGAGCAGGAGAAGAAGUCGCGGCUGCAGGGGCUCGACGCGCAGAAGGCCAACAUCGCCGCCGGCAAGUCCGUAGCGCGCAUCCUCCGCACCUCCCUCGGGCCCAAGGGCAUGGACAAGAUGCUCCAGUCCCCCGACGGCGACGUCACCAUCAGUAAUACCCGCUCCCUCUCGCUUUCUCCUGCAAACGAUGGGGCGACGAUCCUGGAGCUAAUGGAUGUUGACAACCAGAUUGCGAAGCUCAUGGUGGAGUUGUCCCGCAGUCAAGACUAUGACAUUGGAGAUGGUACCACCGGGGUUGUGGUCCUGGCUGGGUCGCUCCUGGAGCAGGCUGAGAAGCUGCUGGAACGUGGUAUUCACCCAAUAAGGAUCGCCGAAGGUUAUGAGAUGGCGUCGAGGAUAGCUGUUGAUCACCUUGAAAGCAUCUCCACGAAAUAUGAGUUCAGUGCUACAGACAUAGAGCCUUUGGUGCAGACCUGCAUGACAACUUUGUCCUCAAAGAUUGUUAGCCGUUGUAAGAGGGCUCUAGCUGAGAUUGCUGUCAAAGCAGUCCUUGCGGUCGCUGAUUUGGAAAGGAAGGAUGUAAAUUUGGACUUGAUUAAGGUGGAAGGUAAGGUUGGUGGGAAGCUCGAGGAUACUGAGCUAGUACAAGGAAUCAUUGUUGACAAAGAUAUGAGCCACCCCCAAAUGCCAAAGAGAAUUGAGGAUGCUCACAUUGCCAUUCUGACCUGCCCAUUUGAGCCCCCGAAGCCUAAGACAAAGCAUAAGGUUGACAUUGACACUGUAGAGAAAUUCCAGACACUGCGUGGGCAAGAGCAGAAAUACUUCGAUGACAUGGUUCAGAAAUGCAAGGAUGUUGGUGCAACCCUAGUUAUUUGUCAAUGGGGGUUUGAUGAUGAAGCCAAUCACUUACUAAUGCAAAGGGAGCUGCCGGCUGUCAGAUGGGUUGGUGGUGUUGAAUUAGAAUUAAUUGCCAUUGCGACAGGAGGGAGGAUUGUUCCAAGGUUCCAAGAGUUGACUACCGAAAAGCUUGGGAAGGCUGGAUUAGUCAGAGAGAAGUCAUUUGGAACAACAAAAGAUCGGAUGCUAUACAUCGAGAAGUGUGCCAAUUCCAAAGCUGUAACUAUUUUCAUCCGUGGUGGCAACAAAAUGAUGAUUGAGGAGACCAAGCGAAGUAUUCAUGAUGCUCUAUGUGUUGCAAGGAAUCUGAUCAUCAACAACUCAAUUGUGUAUGGUGGUGGCUCAGCAGAAAUAUCUUGCUCAAUUGCUGUUGAUGCUGCAGCAGAUCGGCAUCCUGGAGUUGAGCAGUAUGCAAUCAGGGCAUUUGCUGAUGCUUUGGAUGCCAUUCCACUAGCUUUAGCUGAAAACAGUGGUUUGCCGCCUAUUGAUACUCUCACUGUCGUAAAAUCCCAACAUGUCAAGGAGAACAAUUCCCGCUGUGGCAUUGAUUGCAAUGAUGUUGGUACCAACGACAUGAAAGAACAGAAUGUUUUCGAGACUCUGAUCGGCAAGCAGCAACAGAUCUUGCUGGCAACACAGGUGGUCAAGAUGAUCCUCAAGAUUGAUGAUGUCAUAACGCCUUCUGAGUAUUGA